UGCAGUGUCUGCAGAUCCUGUAGGUAAAAUGCUGCUUUCAGUUCGCUGCCUCGUAUCUGCUCUGGGGCAUUUUAAGCAGUAAAAGCAGAAGCAGCUGCGUCCGCGCCACCGGGAGACCUCUCUACGCUCCGACGGGAACUCGCGCGCGGAGCUUCAGACACUUCAGAGAAGUUUAUCUAUUGCUCAUAAGUCUUCUCCUGUGCAUGACUCAGCUGAUAUGUUAUAUAGGGAGUCAGGCUAAAGCGAGCGCGAGAGCGAGCGCUCGCGUCGCGUGAUAAAUGUGGUCUCGGGCACACGGAUCGACGUUCACGUAGCGCACGCGGGUGUGCCCAUCCCGUGCAGCGGGACGCGCAGGGGGGCUCCUGUAGCGCGCGGGCAGAUGGAGGAGAACGGCGGGAACAGUGGCGCUGCUGAGGAGGAAGGCGCAGCGGCCGGAGAAGGCGCGCGGGGCUCCAAGCUCCGGGGCUCCUCGGGCAGCGCGGAGGGCGGACUGCCGCGCGAGCUCCUGCAACCGCACAGCAACCGGUCGGCCAGCAGCGAGCGGCGGCGGCUCAACACGCACAAGCUCGUGCAGCAGUACGUGGCGCCGUGCAUGAACUCGUACGGACUGUGCAUCGUGGACAACUUUCUGGGGAACCGAGUCGGGGAGCGAAUUCUGCAAGAGGUGCGGCGCAUCCACGAGGCCGGCGGCAUGCAGGACGGGCAGCUUGCGUGCCAGACGCCGGACAAGAGCAAAGUCAUCCGGGGGGACAAGAUCGCGUGGCUGGAGGGAACCGAGAAGGACUGCCACAACAUCGGUUUCCUGCUGUCCAGGAUGGACAAACUGAUUACGGUGGCGGACGGACAACUUGGGAGCUACAAGAUCCGGGGGAGACACAAGGCGAUGGUAGCAUGCUAUCCAGGCAAUGGGGCAGGUUACGUGAAACAUGUUGAUAACCCUAAUGGAGACGGCCGCUGUGUCACCUGCAUCUACUACCUGAACAAAAACUGGAAUGCCAUGGAGCAUGGGGGAGUUCUGCGGAUAUUCCCUGAGGGAAAAUCCUACGUAGCUGACAUUGAACCCUUGUUUGAUCGACUGCUGCUCUUCUGGUCAGACCGUAGGAACCCGCAUGAAGUACAACCAUCAUUUGCUACCAGGUAUGCAAUCACAGUGUGGUACUUUGAUUCAGAAGAAAGGGCAGAAGCAAAAAGAAGAUUCAAAGACUCAAUAGCCUCUUCCCAAGGAGGCACCACGUCUUAGCAGAAUACAGCUGUGUUCACAAAGAGGAUUUUUAAUGAGAUGAUUUUUUAUGUGUGUGUUUCUGUGUGUGUGUGUGUGUGUGUGAGAGAGAGUGUGUUUGUUUAUCUCUUUUGGGGUUUUUGACCCUUUGUGACUAGUGCACUUAAGGUACCUCCUCUCCUCCUGUCAGCCAAGCCAAUGUUGCAUUGCCGUUUUUGAAAAAUACAGCUGUGUAUAUUCUCUUUUUGCUGCUAUUCGUCCUGUAGGAGGAUACCUACUUUUGUAAACAAAACCUUCACCACAGUGAAUUCAUAUAUUUGUAUGUGAUAAUCAUGAUUAUUAGAUUGGUGUGUGUGUCUAUGUGUGGGUGUGUUUGUAUGGAUGAAAUGAAACAAUAUAUGACAGUGUCAUAACACUGGUUUUUCUUUUAAGAAAUUCUAGCCUGUGUUUGAAAUAUUAGCUUUCAGUGCUUUUGUUUCGUCAGGUAGCCGUUUUCCUUUUUGUGCUUCAAAGAGGUAUAGAGAAAAUGGUUACAUGGUUAAAUAGUUUUUUUUAUUUAAAUGGCUAAAGAAUUAUAUGUCAUUAAAAAGACAUUCUUUUUACUGAUCCGUUGACAUGUGGUGAGUUUAGUAGGUGGGUGGAAUGUACAAGUUUUACUUCACCUAUUACUGCCAUGUGUCAUGUGAACAGCAAACACUACAAAGGCAGACAGAAGGUAGUCAUGAACCUGAACACAAAUGGUUUCAAAGGUCCAGUUGCUUUGUUUACUUUGUCAUUGUUUGUGUCUAUUGGAAUCAAUAUACUCACAUAUCAACUCAUGAAAAGAUAAGCAAGUUGUUUUUAACUUGAAAGUAAUAUCUCAGAGAAUGAAUGUAUAGUGAUAUUCCCAUCAGAUGCUUCAAAAAUCACGAAAUAGCAAAUAUUAAAUCAAAGCAAAUAUUAGGUUAUUAACGGUUUACUGGCUAACUGGUUACUUCUGUAUUAGCGUUCAUGUCUGCUCAGGUCUGCUCAUUUAAACAAAGUGUACUGUAGUUGAAGUUUGGCCACUAAAUGUCACUUAGCUCUCACUUGAAUAACUAAAAUAGUCAGUCUAACAAUAUGUGGGUAAUUUAGCAUUAUCUCCUCAGUUCGGGUUCAUCUCUGUUCAAUAGACCCAUCUUUAUUGUGAGUGACUGUAUAACCCAUCUACCCUAUAUUUUUCUUUUUCUUUAAAAGAACAGAAUGCUUAAAUAUCCAUGUGUUUUUUUUCAAUGGUCAGACAGCUUGCAUGCUGGUCAUCAAUGCUGGAUAUGGUGGACACAGAUUUUUCAACAUUGUUGUAAAAAUGCAUUUGUUCAUCCAUUAUGACAUGUGGUGUUUAAUAGAGUAAGAUUUUUUUUUGUUACAGCCAUUUAUUAUAUUUGAAAUUAUAUUUGAAAGAUGUCUAGAAGUAUGAUCAGAUGGGAACCCACUACUGUACAGACAGAGGAAACAUUGUUGAGCUGGUUUCAUUACCAGGUUAAACAUUGUAAUUAUUUAGAGAGAUUCAGAGAAUAAGUAUUCUAAUGGCCUCUUACAAAUGGCAAAUAAAAAAUAUACAAAUGUC